AUGAUCAAAUGGCGCCAUGCUCGAGUGGAGGGCUUAGAAAAUGUGCAACGCAUCAAGGAGAUCCUGGGGAAGGGCGAGAACGUGGUCUUGAUGGCCAAUCACCAGACCGAAGCGGAUCCACAGGUGUUGAGUUUGCUGCUGCAGCGGGAAGGCUACGAAGAGCUUGCAGAGAAAUGCAUUUUUGUGGCAGGACACAAGGUCACCACUGAUCGCUUAGCCAUUCCCUUCAGUAAAGGGCGAUACUUGCUAUCGAUCUACUCCAAGAAGUACUUGGAUGAAGGUAGUGAAGAAGAGCAAGAAGCCAAGGCGGACAGAAACAAGAAGACAGUCACGGAGAUGCAACGUCUCAUGAAAGAAGGAGGUCACAUUUUCUGGGUGGCACCUUCGGGUGGCAGAGAUCGCAGGUUGGAAGCGACUUCACGUUUCGCGCCCGCCAAGUUCGAUGAAUCCUCAGUGGGUCUCUUCCUGCUCUUGGCGCAGAAGGCAGCACGUGGGGAUGGGCCAAAGACGCAUUUUAUGCCCUUGGCGAUGUGGACCCACAGGUUGGUGCCACCCCCCGAGGAUGCCAAGGCUUCCGUGGGCGAGUCGCGCAGCGCGCAGCGCGCAGCCGUGGCCUUGAACUUCGGGGAGGAGCUCGAUGUCGCAAAGCACGGGGGUCGGAAGAAGUACCCCAAGGCCAUCGAGAAACGUGUCAACGAGCUUUAUGCCUCUUGGCAUCGGAAGAUUCUUCGGAAGAUUUGA